AUGCCUGACACUGUGUCUCCUGAGGGUACUGAGGGUGAUUUGCAAGGGGCCCAUUUCGUAAAGCCUUCUGUCCAACCCCCUGGUCAUUUCCAUGCGGCUGCGGGAAAUGUAGGUCUAGUUGAAGGGUGGAAAAUCUGGAGACAGCAAUGGGACAACUACACUAUUCUCACAAACCUCUCCAAACAACCAGAUCGGUACCAAACUGCACUACUACUGCACAGUGUGGGACAAGAUUGUCUGCGUGUCUACAACGGCAUGAAGUUUGCUAAUGCCGCUGAAAGUGUGAAAUGCUCUGUGAUACUGGAUAAGUUUGAUAAACAUUUUCUUGGUGAGAGCAGAGAAUUCUUUGAAAGAUUCAAGUUCAAUCAACGCAGUCAGGAAGAUGGUGAAUCUAUUGAACAGUAUGUGACAGCUCUGCGUACAAUGAGUAAGACGUGUGGAUUCUGUGACUGCAUGAAUGACAAAUUGCUCGUUGAUCGUGUUCUACUGGGAGUACGUGAUGAUCGUAUGCGAGAACUACUCAUCUCCAAAUCUGAUCUUGACCUCUCUACUGCCAUUGAUGUUUGUAAAGCAGUUGAAGCGACGUCUACUCACAUGAAGGCGUUGAAAAGUGAGGAAAUCAACAGGGUGAAUCGAAAACCUUUCCCUAAACAUGCUAAAACUGGAAGUGGAAAGCAGAAGUUUGUAAAGCAGAAGCCGAAAGAGCUCAAAAAGUGCAAGUUCUGUAAUAAAUCACACGAAAUGAAGAAGGAAUGCUGCCCUGCAUGGGGUCAAAAGUGCAAUGUGUGCCAUAAGCCCAAUCACUUCAAGGGAUCUGCAGUGUGUACUUCCAAGAGUGUUCACCAACUCGAAGAUGAUGAGUACUCCUCCACUGAAAGUAUCAGUGUUGUACAGAUAAAUACAGUAAGUCCUGAAGAUGGACCAAUUUUUUGCAACAUGCUACUAAAUGGUCGAAGAGUACAGUUCCAGUUGGACUCUGGAGCAACAGUGAGUGUUCUCCCACAGAAGUUUCUGUCUGAAGAAGAUGUAGUGAGAAAUGAAUGCAUCCAUCUCCGGAUGUGGAACCACUCUCCGCUACUACGUGCUGUGGGAAAGUGCAAAGUCGUGACAAGGAAUCCAGCUACUGGAAAAAAGUACAGGAUUGACUAUGUCAUAGUUAAGGAGGAUCUGACUCCACUGCUAAGCAAAACAGCUUCUGAGAAGAUGCAGCUUAUCACUGUUCACUACGAAUCUAUGGAAAUAGUCCACAACAUAUUUCCUGAGAAUGUCUGCAACCUAGCUCCUGAGAAUCUUCACAAAGAGUAUCCUGUGGUCUUCUCAUCCUCUGUGACUGGUACUCUGCCGGGGAACGAUGUUCAUCUGACUGUUAUGGAUGAUGCUACCCCUAGUGUUCGUCCUGCUAGAGUGAUACCAGAAUCCUUGAGAAGUAUUGUGAAGGAUGAACUUGAUGCACUGCAGACAAGAGACCUGAUUGAGGAAGUAAGUUCUCCAACUGACUGGGUAAGCCAGAUGGCUGUUGUACAGAAGAAAUCUGGUAAAGUGCGUGUGUGCUUAGACCCUAGACCACUCAAUCUCGUGCUGAAAAGAGAACAUUAUCCUCUGCCUGUUCUCGAUGAUAUCCUGCCUCAACUGUCCAAUGCAACGGUCUUCUCCAUCUGUGAUCUAAAAGAUGGAUAUUUGCAUUGUGUUCUUGACGACGACUCAAGUCUGCUAACUACCUUUGCAACACCAUGGGGAAGGUAUAAAUGGAAACGUCUACCAUUUGGCUUGAAGGUUAGCAGCGAAAUCUUCCAAAAGAGACUUCAUCUAGCACUGGAUGGUCUUCAAGGGGUACGAUGUGUGGCAGAUGACAUCAUAAUCUGGGGUAACAGUGAUGCUGAGCAUGAUACCCGACUACAGAGUCUUCUACAGAGAUGUCAAACUGUUGGCAUAGUCUUGAAUAAGGAGAAAUGCCAAUUUCGACUGAAGGAAAUCUCGUUCCUAGGCCACAUAGUAUCCAACUCUGGACUGAAAGCUGAUCCAUCCAAGAUCGAUGCAAUCCUGAACAUGAGUUCUCCAACCUGCAAGGAUGACAUCCAUCGCUUACGUGGCAUGGUCAAUUAUUUGGCCAGGUAUCUGCCCAAACUAUCUGAUGUCAUGAAGCCUCUCAAUGACUUAACCCACAACAACUCUGCGUGGACUUGGGACUCCAACCAUGACAAAGCCUUUAGGUUGCUGAAAGAGAUGCUGAUACAAGCUCCUGUGUUGGCGUUCUACAACCAAAGCAAGCCACUUCAAAUCCAAACUGAUGCCAGUGCUACAGGGUUAGGUGCUGUGAUGCUACAGGAUGGUCAACCAAUAGCAUAUGCCAGUAGGAUGCUGAGUGAUCCUGAGACCAGAUACUCUGUCAUUGAGAAGGAGAUGCUAGCAAUAGUCUUUGCACUGGAAAAGUGGAAUCAGUUCACUUUUGGUCGUAAGACAACAGUAUAUAGUGACCACAAACCACUGGAGUGCAUUGUGAAGAAGGCCCUGGACAAAGCUCCCAAACGCCUACAAGGAAUGUUACUACGCGCCAUGGCGUAUGAUGUUGAAGUGAAAUACCUUAAAGGGAAGGACAACAUCUUGGCUGAUGCACUAAGCCGUGCUUCUCUUCCGUAUGAGAGCGGACAGCAUGAUCUAGAGGUGGUGAAUGCUGUCAAACUCUUGUCUCUCCCUGAUGACAAGAUAGCUGAGAUAAAGAGACAGACUACCCAAGAUCCAACUCUCUCCCAGCUCAAAGACACCAUACUUGAUGGGUGGCCAGACAACAAGACAAAGCUUCCUUUGUCACUGACUCCAUACUUCAGUUUCAGAGAUGAACUUUCGGUGACUGAUGAUCUGAUUUUCAAGGGAGAACGGCUGGUAAUCCCUAAGCAGAUGAGGCGACAGAUCAAGGAGGAGUUACACAUUGGCCACAAUGGAGUCGAAGGAACUUUGAGAAGAGCCCGUGAAUAUGUCUAUUGGCCAGGUAUGAACAAGGAGAUAAAGGAGUGGAUCCAGACAUGCGGGACCUGUCAAGAAAACUCAGUCUCUCAACCUGCCCAACCUUUGAUGUCUCAUCCUAUCUCUGACAGGCCAUGGUCAAGAAUUGGAAUCGAUCUCUUCCAUCAUGAUAACGAGAACUAUCUCAUUAUGGUCUGUUACUACUCCAAGUUCUUUGAGAUAGAAAAGCUACAGAGGACGACUGCCCCCGCAGUUAUCAAGCGACUGAAACGUCACAUCGGACGCUAUGGAGUGCCAGAGAUCAUUGUCUCAGACAAUGGACCUCCUUUCUCUUCAAGGGACUUUGCUGAGUUUGCCAAAGAGAUGGGAAUCAAGCAUAACACCAUCUCACCUCACAACAGCAAGGCAAAUGGCAAGGCAGAGUCUGCUGUUAAGACUGCCAAAAGACUGCUUACCAAAUGCAAGGACACUGGAGAUAACGUUGAUCUAGCCUUACUCAACGUUCGUAAUACACCAACUCAAGGUACCCAGACCAGUCCUGCGCAAAGGUUCAUGGGUAGACGAACACGUACACUCCUACCCACCACAACUCAGCUGUUGAUGCCUGAUCGUGACUCAGGACCUGAUGUCGAGAAACUCAAUUCAAACCAGAGACGACAGGAGAAGUAUUUCAACAGAAAUACAAGGAAGCUCAAGGAUCUUCCACUUGGAGCAACUGUACGUGUGAAACCAUUCAACCAUAGAAAGAAAUGGAAGAAAGCGGUGAUCCUGAAGAAAAUAGACGAUCGAUCAUAUGAAGUUCGCUGUGAUGGUCAAACACUUCGUAGAAACAGAGAACAUCUCAGAGCGAUCUCAUCCACGUCAGAUACACUUGAUCCUAUUCCCAACAUGUUUAACUGGGAAUGCCAGGACAACAACCAACCCAAGGUGAGGACUACAGAGCAGCGUCAAUCUACCACUACAAGUCCUGUGAAGUUUCGCGGUGAUGGUACAUCUGAGACGUUUGACGAGAACAACACAAUCUUCGCAGAUGAUCCCAAAGUAAAGUUUACUUUGAUCACCAUCAUCCUCUACCUCACCAUCAUCGCUACCUCCAUCAUCACCAUUGUCAUCGCCAUAGACAUCAACCAUUUUCAUCCACAGAAACAAUUCAAGCAAUAA